CACUACUAAAAGGGGAAUAAGCAGUGCAGGGAGCGUGCCACGUCAGCGUUUAUAUUCGAACCAAUCAGAGACGAGCUUUUUUACACGUCAGACGGGCUCUUGCUCCGUGUGGGCUUCAUCUGAAAGCGUACCAUUCGUGCCAUUUGGGCUUUAUCGUUCAUCCAAAAAGCGUGCCGUUUGGGCUUUGUCGGAGUUAUUCUUCUGCGUCUGCUUUUGCCCCUCACCUCUAUCACUUCGUCUUCCCGAUCGAAGAGAAACGAAGCCGAGAAUCAAUCGAUCCACUUCUACGCAAUCGAUACUUUCAUUUCAAUCAAUCAAUAACUCCUUUAUGAUUUCGUUUCACCUUCCUCUUUUCCUCCUUCUUUAUAUACUGAUCUUCUUUUCAAUCAAACCAAAACCCUAAAACCACUCCACGCUUAGACCAUGGCGAUGAAACGAAAUGGGAAGUCUCCUGUCUCCUCCGAAUCUGAUGAGAAAGUUAUGUUCUUCAAAGAUGUCUCUCUAGGGCCGCAUGCAACUCAGUUGCGCUUCCGACUCAUCCAUUUCUGGGAGGCUCGGAACCCGAUCAAGAAGACGCUGAUUGGCCUCGAAUUGCUCCUCAUCGACGAACUGGGGACUGUUAUUCAAGGAUUCAUCCCACCGGGGCGUAUUAAAAAAUAUUUGCCUGAUAUGAAACAAGGAUCAGUUUACCAACUCAACAACUUCUACGGUUCGAAAAACAAACCGAUGUAUCGGGUUGCUGAUCAUAUCGCAACCGUGUCUUUCACGUGGAACUCUGAGAUGUCGGUUCUUCACGAGGUUCCCAUCUCAUUUGAUGAAGACCGUUUCAGGUUUCAUUCAUAUGAAGAUUUUGAAGCUAACUGUGAUCUCAAAGGUGACCUCUACGAUGUUGUUGGCCACAUGAAACUGGUCAAUGGACAGACCCUUAUUGAGCGUCCCAUCCUUGACGAAGUGGAGAUAGCAGCCUCUCGGCGCAUUAUGGUGCAUGUGCAAUCACAUGAUGGGCCUGUGAUGAAGCUCUACCUUUGGGACCAUGCUGCAACAGACUUUUGCAAGAAGUUCAAUUCCUAUGAAAAUACUCCCACAGUUCUUUUGGUCACGACUGUUAACACCAAACGUCUCGGAGGUACCCUUGCCCUGACCUCUAUGUCCUCCACAAGGCUCUUCAUGGACUAUGACGUCCAACCAACCAAAGAUUACUUCACCUGGCUUGCCUCUAACCCAGAGAUUGCUAACCAGGUUAGUGCAGAGGUGGUUACUAAACGUGAGGCACUGACUAUAGCAGAAAUAUUCUCCUACAUGACUCAGGAAUCUGCAAAGGAUGCCUUUUUUGAGUGCACGGCUACGAUUGAUGAUGUUGUGCAUGGCUCUGCUUGGUACUAUAUUGGAUGCAGUGAGUGCCAUGCUAAGGCUACCAAAGGCGCAACUUCAUUGAUUUGUACGAACACAAGAUGUGAGAAGGUUAACACAACUGGUGUUGCACAGUACCGUGCAAAGAUUUCAGUUUAUGACAACAGUGAACAAGCUUUUUUUGUCCUACUUGGUGAUGCUGGUCGUGAGUUGACUGGGAGGCACGCAUCCGAGUUAGUUACCAACUACUUUGAGGCUAAUGAACACAAAGGAGCUGACCAUGAGGUGCCUGUUCCGGAAGCUCUAAUCAGCAUCAUCGGACAGACACAUAAGUUUUGUGUGAAAGUUACAGAUCACAACUUCUCAGGCAAUACCCGUGCUAUUACUGUCACCAAGAUCCUCUCUCUAGACACCCCACCACCCACAGAAGUCUCGGUUGAAAGCAACAUUGCUGCAACGUCCGAGGAAACAGUGAAGACUGGAAACGAAGUGUGUGGAACUUCCAACGGCCGUGGAGACCCUGCAGAUGGGGAGAGUAAGAGGAUCUCUGCAGAUGCUGAGACAUCGACAGCUAAGCGUCCAAGAUGUUAGAAGUUGAGCUCCCACUCAUCUUCUCACGUAUUGCAUGCUUCAAUGAUGUUUACGUCUUUUUCAGUUUAAGUAUUGACUUAUGAUUUUCUUUCAGUUGUUUUACUUUUCAGUGUUUUUUUCCCCUUGAAACAUCAUGUCUACUUUGCAUGAUUAUCAGCUUAUAAUCAUGUAUACUGUUUUAUCUAUCUGCUUCUUCAGAAUUACUUUCUCAGUUUAUUAUUUAUGUCUUCAGAAACAAGUUCUAAUGUAUAUUUGAUAACAUCUAUGACAUGAAAUGUAAAUAGUUCAGAGUUUAGGAGUGGAAAGACAUUAAUAUAUGAUUUUGUGAUUACCAUUGACCAAUAAAUUAUCAAAUAAUAUAAGCUACUUACAAGUUACAACCAAGCCGCAGCCUUUAGAUCCUUAUAAGCCAAGAGAGAUAGAAAAUUCCAUGUUCUUAUCGUCACAAACAUCAUCCCAACAAUAUAUAAAAAUACUGAUCCUUAUUUAAUUUAUUAUAAACACAACUACUAAACUGCACCAUGUGCAGUAAAGAAUUUUUUUAAUCUAACUUAUAUUUAAAAAUAAAUUUUACAAAAUAUUAUAGAUUUUGCUAUUUGCUUACUACUAUUAAAUAUAAAUUUGAUAUAUAAAAAAACUGCUUAAAAUACAAAAAAAAAAAAGAAAUACGCAACUUAAUACAAGCUCAACAGAAUAAUGUAUAUAGUAAUAAGAUAAAAACUAAUAAUUCAGAUAUACUAGCAGCAUAGCACCACUUACCAAAAUUAUAUAAUAACAGUUGAAUCAAUAACUUCAGCCAUAACCAUCAUUUUACAAGAGAUGCAUUACUCUGUAUAUAUAAAAAGAGUUACAAUACAAUUUCACAAGAAAAAACCCUACUCAGUUCUAAAAAAGGCAAGUUUACUUCAAUUUAAUCAUAUUAUACGGAAAAAUCCGGGCGUAGCCCGGAAAAACCC